AUAAAUAAUCAAAUGAAAAUGAGUACUUGAAACUGGCAAAUCUUUUAGGAAAUUGAUUAAUUUAUCGCAUAAAAUUAUAUGAUCAGUGCUGAGGGCUGCAGAUAGCUAGCAAUCACAAGCCGAAUUUCAACAUCGAGGAAAUAUCAACGAAGGCUGCGCUGUCGCCGUCGCUGCUGUGUAUUGACACACACGUAUUUUAUACGAAAAACAGUCAUAUCUGAAUAUUAUUGUAAAUACCGAGGUGCUGGUCAACAACAAUGUCCGCGCGCAUGCUGAAGAAGCUGCAGGGUGACGCUGACAAGCUGCCACCGCCGCCCGAUGACGAAGAGGGCGAGGAAUUGAGCGACAAUGACGAGCUGGAGGACUACCAUACGGUCAGAGAUCGCAAAUCGCAUUUAAAUCCAUUUGAUCUGUUGAAUCAGCCCGGCCUGAGUCUCUCGGAGAGCGAGUUCAAGGAGGAUGACAACGAGACGGAGCACCCGUCGGCUGCACUGCCCAAUGCCAGUGCUGCCGCCAAAAAGAAGAAAAAGAAGCGCAAGAAGAAGGUCAAGUCCAGCGGCAACCACAUCAGCAGCGAGGACAACGAGCGGCAGGACAAGUACUUCGAGAAGGAUCCACUGUUGGGCAAAGUGUACGACGCAGUGCCCAGGCAAUCGAUGAAGCAGCAGGCAGCUGCUGCCGCUGCCGGCGGAUCGGCCACCAAGAAGCUACUGAACGUGGAGCUGCGACAUCUCAACUCGCACAACGAGAUGCGACGCACCUUUGGCAAGCGGGUGGUCAAAGUGGAAACCAAGCGUGGCCGCCAGAAGCCCACGCUAAAGUCCACGUACAUGGUAACGGCCAGGGAAUCGUGGCCACCGCUGACCAAGAACACCAUCACGAUGCAGCUGCUGCCGACCAUCGAGUUGCCCGGCACCUCAAAGUCAACGAAGAACAGCAGCAACGAUGCAGUGCAGUGGUUUGCAUUCGAGCACAGCCAGUACUACCAGGGAGUGCAGCACAUGUUCCUCUCUGCCCUGGAGCGCAUCGAUUCGGAGUUUCUGAUCACGCUCAUCAAGCGCUGUCCGUACCACGUGGACUCGCUGGUGCAGCUGAGCGAAGUGUGCAAGAUGACCGAGGACUUUGCCCUGGCCGCUGAGUUGCUGGAGCGCGCCCUGCUGCUGCUGGAGUCGUCGCUGCACAUCAACUUCAGCCUGACGUCGGGCAACUGCCGGCUGGACUAUCGUCGCCAGGAGAAUCGCUCCUUCUACAUUGUGCUCUUCAAGCAUGCCCAAUACCUGGAGGAGCGUGCCUGCAGCCGCACAGCGUUCGAGAUCUCCAAGCUGCUGCUGAGCCUGCAGCCCGAAACGGAUCCGCUGGCCAUGAUUCUGGUCAUCGACUACUAUGCGCUGAGGAGCAAGCAGUUUGGCUGGCUGGUGGAGUUCUACGAGGAGUACAAUGCCGCGCGGAACCUGUCACAGCUGCCCAACAUGGCCUACUCCUACGCCCUGGCCCUGUACACGCUGCACGGCGCCUGUGAACGCUCCAACGAGGCGCUGCAGUACGCGCUCCUCAUGUUCCCGGCCGUACUCAGGCCCCUGCUCGACGAGAUGUCCGUGCAGACAGACAAGCGUGUGCUGGCCUCGUCGUACUUCUUCUCGGAUGUGUCGGGAAAUCAAUCGCCCGCCCUGCAUCAGCUUGUGUGCUUGUAUGUGUGCCGUGCCCGAGUCGUUUGGCGUUCGACCGAGGUGCUGCCCUGGCUGGAGUCCAAUGUGAACGUUGUGCUCGAUCGCAUCGACGCCAAAGAUCCCGUCGUCAAUGAAUACAAAGAGAAACGUUCCGUGCGCUAUGGCGGCACACCGCCACGACCCAUUCUGCGGCAUGUGAUACUCUCCGACUACAAGGAGAAGGUACCACUGGCCGUCUUUGUGGCCAAGGAGAAGCAGGCGAUUAUGACCUACGACCCACUGCCCCCACCAGACAGUGUCAAUUGCUAUCAGCGCAAGUCCUCAUCCAGCAGCAGUCCAACAAACAGAGCCAGUAACUCUGUUUCAAUGUUUUUCCAAUCCCUUUUGCCAUCGUUUAAUGUGAACAACAUUGCGGCUGGAGCACCAGCAGAAGCUGGAGCUGAAGCCGGUGCCGGAGCUGCCGCAGCAGCUGCAGUGGAGCCGGCCAUGCCAGCCAACGGCGAAGCCGAAGCAGAAGUUGGCCUACAGCAGUCGCUCACUUUGAUGAUGGAUGCCAUGCGGGAUUUUCUGCAAAACUUUCGCGUUGCGGAGCAUCUGCGCUCUCCGGAAACGGCAGCCGCACAAUCGAACAGCAGCAACGACGAGGAGGAGGGCUCCAGCGACUAUGCGGAUUAGUAGUCAAUUAUCUAAAGUUAUGGCUUGAAAAAAGACACCGAAACCUUUUUGCUAUAUUCCCUCAGCUAAAGCAGACACCGUCACAAAAUUUAUAUAAAAUAUUUUAAAGGAUUUAUACUUAUACAUUUAUAGAGCAAUUUGAACACACAUACAACAGAACGAACAAUCGCUUUGAAUAAAAUUUUCCAGUACAAGCUUCCAGAUCAAA